GGGAGGUGUGUAGCCUCCUCUUUUUCCUCUCCGUUCUCUCCUUUUGGUUCCUGACCGGACGUUACGUAGCUGUCUCUCGCGCACACAGCGCGCGCAUCUGCGGGCUCGGACCUGCGGACGGAGCGCGAGCGGCACACGGAGCCCGACCAUGAUGAAGAUGAUGUUGGUGAGUGGAGGUUCUAUCGUUAACGCCGAGGCGGUAUGGGAUCAUGUGACCAUGGCGGACCGUGAGUUGGCCUUUAAGGCCGGUGAUGUCAUCAAAGUGCUGGACUCGUCCAACAGGGACUGGUGGUGGGGGCAGAUUGAUGAUGAGGAGGGUUGGUUUCCUGCCAGCUUUGUUCGGGUGGACCCGAACUCCACCCAGCCUCCACCCAAGCAGCAACUUUUAUACAUCAACCCAGUCGUCGCUCCGCUGAAGCUGUGGGCGAAUCAGGAGGAGUCAGUGUUGGUGGAUCCAGCAGAGGGCAGUAGCGAGGUUCAGAAUGGUCAUGCUGAGGCGAGUCCAAACCCAAGCAGUGAUUGUGUGUGUUUGAGCCAGGCAGUGCAGAACCGAGACCAGAUGAGGGCCAACGUCAUCAAUGAGAUCAUGAGCACCGAGAGACACUACAUCAAACACCUAAAGGACAUCUGUGAGGGUUAUCUGAAGCAGUGCAAAAAGAGGAGAGACAUGUUUAACGAUGACCAGCUGAAGGUGAUAUUCGGGAACAUCGAGGACAUUUACAGGUUCCAGCUCGGCUUUGUUCGAGAUCUGGAGAAACAGUUCAACACUGAAGAACCUCACCUGAGUGAAAUUGGACCCUGUUUCCUUGAGCAUCAAGACGGAUUCUGGAUCUACUCUGAGUACUGUAAUAAUCACGUAGACGCGUGUAUGGAGCUCACACGUCUCAUGAGAGACAGCCGGUACCAGAACUUCUUUGAAGCAUGCCGAUUGGUCCAGCAGAUGAUAGACAUCGCUAUCGAUGGCUUCUUGCUAACUCCUGUCCAGAAGAUCUGCAAAUAUCCUCUACAGCUUGCAGAAUUGCUGAAAUACACUGUACAAGAGCACAGUGAUUACCGCUACGUUGCUGCAGCGUUGGCUGUUAUGAGAAAUGUAACUCAGCAGAUUAACGAAAGGAAACGAAGACUGGAGAACAUCGACAAAAUCGCUCAGUGGCAGGCGUCCGUACUGGACUGGGAGGGUGACGAUGUCCUGGAUAGGAGCUCUGAGCUGGUGUACACUGGAGAGCUGUCCUGGAUCUAUCAGCCUUAUGGGAGGAGCCAAACACGUGUCUUCUUCCUGUUUGACCAUCAGAUGGUCAUCUGCAAAAAGGACUUGAUUCGACGAGAUAUCCUUUAUUAUAAAGGACGAAUCGACAUGGACCGCUACGAGGUGUUGGACGCUAUAGACGGCAGAGACGACGAUUUUAACGUCAGCGUGAAAAACGCCUUCAAACUGAACAACAAAGACUCGGACGAAAUCCACAUUUUCCUGGCCAAGAAGCUGGAGGAGAAAAUCCGCUGGCUGCGAGCGUUUCAGGAAGAACGCAAGAUGGUGCAGGAAGACGAGAAGAUCGGGUUUGAGAUCUCAGAGUAUCAGAAGCGUCAGGCGGCUCUGACGGUGAGGAGAGUAACCAAACAGAAAGGUGUGGGACGGUCGGCCCCGCCCUCCUACCCUCCCCCUCUCGACCCUGCGAACCCGGGCCAUUUCCUCCUCCCGGACGGAUACGAGUACGAACCCAAACGCAGCACGUCACCUUUCUGGCACAACAUCAGCCGCUUAGCGCCCUUUAAGAAAUAGCCACCGAGUGAUCUUCGAGCCGAGUAAACCACCAAUGAACAAGAACACUGACGUAAUGAAGAAGAAGAAGAAGAAGCACCACCCCGGAAAAAAUCAUCACUGAGCGAAAAUACAGACUGCUGCGAUUUUCUGUAACAAUCAAACUUUAAAAAAAGAAGAAGCACUAUACUAAAUAUCUUUCUUUUUUUUUAGGAGGAGAGACUCAAACACACACUCACACACACACACACACACACACACACACACACACACACACACAGCUGAAGAGAAGAAGCUGUACUGGGUUACGGCGCCCCCUGAUGGACUGGAUGCACUAAACUGUAUACAUAUGACAUAAUAGACACUGGAGAAACACACACACACACACACACACACACUAAUGGUUAUACAUAUGGAAACUUAAUUUACAAGCCCUACGUCGCUACGUUCCUUCGUCCGAUGGGAUUUUCGAUAAGUGUUUUAUUUCCCUUUCUCUUCAAACGAGUGAAGAAUCACAAGAAACGCACACACACACACACACACACACACGAUAAAGCACUAACGACUCUCCGCUCUCUAGCGCCGCCCUGGUGUUCCUCCGUGCACUGUGACUAAUCGGGGCAUUUCUGUCUCUUUCUUUCUCGAUCUCUCGUUUCCUCUCACAGCUUCAGACCCGUUGAUUCUACUGUACUCUUUGGAUAUGUUUUUUUUUUCUUCUUUAGUGUGUUUGGAGUUUCUCUGUGUGUUGCAUUCUAUCAGUUCUGCAUGAAAAUACGAACCGGUCCGAUUACAGGUAUUUUAUAUUCUUACGGGUCAAAGUCGUUAAAAAGAGAAACAUUUUUGUACUGAACAACUGAAAAAAAUAUAUUUUUCUCCAUCUGAAGGUUUUUCCGGCCUCGGAGCCGUGAGUCAAACCGCUGGGACGUUUCUUCUCCUUCAUCAGUUUUAUCGGUUUAUAUGUUCGUCGGUCCGGUUUCACUAACCGACCUACACCAAUAUGUAUAUCUAGGGUUGUCAUGGUAACUGCAUAUCUAACAAAGCGAUGCUGUAAUCCAUCUCCAGAGGUCCAGCUGGUGUACAUGAGCUAGCUAUGCUACGUGAAAACGGUUACUAAACUAGUGUGAGAUUACAGUUACCAUGACAACACUGUUCACAAACGUGGAAAACGUUACUGAGCAGCUCUAGCUGACUCGUAUAUUUUGCUAAUUUAUGCUAACAAAUAAAUAUCAGCUUAGACCUGAUUAUCGUUUAAAUCAGUCCUGGACCAAAGCCCACGUGAUCACGAGAAGGUUUGGUUCAUCCGAUCAGAUCUCCAACACCUCCAGAUGUUUACUAUCGUGUCCAGCGUCCACUUUUAAUUUACUGAUGAUUUUUUUUUAUCAUGGAAUAAAACUGAUGAAGCUCUGAAACACCCCUGAGGUCACAACACAAGUCCAAUCGAGUCUUGACUCAUUUCUACUAGACGUAUGUUUUUUUCCAGUUGUUAAAUACAAUCUGGGACUCAAUCCACUGACGUUAGCAGGCUAACAAUAAGACUUGACAACAGUUAGCAAACUAUCUUUGAAGCUAAUGUUUAGCCAACAACGAAAUUGACGUAAUUGGCCGCUUAAUAUAAUCGAUUAGCUGGGACGCGUUUGGACUGAUGUUUGCUUCUUGAUCUAAGAGGCUAAUGUAGCUAACAAGUGCGUAUAGCUUAGAGCUGAACGGUUAGCAUGGUGCAAGCCGCAUGCCUGAAUUUCCACACAUCGCGUCCUGGCUAAUUACCAAACUGUUAAGUGAACACUGAUGUACAUUUUAUUUUUGGACAAACGUGUGCUUUCAGACUUUACAAUGUUAGCACUUAGCUGCUAACAUUCACAGAAUAAAAUAGCACCCAUGUUAUAUAAUAAUCUCAUUUUUAAACUUUAUCUUUAAUCAAUUUUCAAUGCUAUCAAUCUGCACCCUGGACUUUGAUCCAAACGGAUUGUCUGAUGUUGAUUAUUUAUUAGCUGGUUAGGUUUUUGUUUUCGUUGCUAAUCCUCUCUCUGAUAUCGUGCCAAAACGGUUUGGUUGCCAAAUUUUCCCGAAACAGGUGCACUGUUCCCUGUCCAGGUGGAACCCAGGUAUGUGUCUUCUCAGGCGACGUUUUCAAUUUAUUCAAGUUAUCUUUAACUAAGCUAAUGCUGCUAGCGUUAGCUUUUUAGGAUUCUUUUUUUUUUUUUUGUUAAUUUUCAUCAAAAAAAAAAAGGACUUGUGCAAGAUUUAAUUUAUGGUAUAUUCAAUUUUUUGGAAGAUAGUAUUUAGUCCAAAUCACAAUAUUUAAAAGUAUGAAUAUAAAACAUUAUUUAUUCUAUUAUAAUGUGCUAUUUUUUCCACGUUGAUGCUCUUUCUGGAUUUUGGAAGCGGCUGACGGACAGGAAGUGGAUUAUUGACGAGAAGGAGAAAGACUGUGGGAGGGGAGGUGAAGGAGAAGAGGAUGAUGUUAUGUUGCACCAUAUGUACUAAGUGCCAUAUUAAAAUAAUAUUAGGUUAUGAAAGAAAA